UGCCAGCUGGAUGGAGGCCAGGAAAGUGUGCUUGCCCAAAAUACGUCUCAUGAAGCAGCUGUGCCAGCUGUGGUGCAGGGAAGAGAAGACACUGCCACCGCUCUCCACGCACCUGCUUCUUGUCCUGUGGCUGCUGCUUCCGGCUUUGCCGUCCUGUGCCCAUCCUGCAGAUGAGAGUGGCGAGAUCGUGGAGUGGCUGACGCAGUAUGGAUACCUUCCCCCUGCUGAUCCGGUGACAGGCCAACUGCAGACCUGGGAGGCAGUGACCAGCGCCAUCCGUGUAAUGCAGCAUUUUGCAGGCAUCGCGGAGACGGGGAUCCCAGAUGAUGCCACGUUAGCGCUCAUCCGAAUGCCUCGCUGUUCAUUGCCUGAUAUUAUUGCCACCUUCCCAGAAAACCUCCCUCUGAGGAGAAGUGAAAGGAGGAAAAGGCGCAGGAGGAGGAAAAGUCGGAGUAGGAGGAGUGCAGGACCCAUUUGGAUGAAGAGGAACAUCUCCUGGAAGGUGAAAACCUACCCACGAGAAGCCCAUCUUAGCCGAGAGACCAUGCGUGUGUUGAUGUAUUACGCCCUAAAGGUUUGGAGUGAAGCCACAUCCUUGAACUUCCACGAGGUGGGUAGCCACAGCGCUGACAUCUCUGUUGAGUUCCUCCGACUGGACCAUCGUGAUGGCUACCCUUUUGAUGGACCCGGUGGGAUGGUGGCCCAUGCCUUCUUUCCUGGAGACCCCCAGAGGGCUGGCAAUGUCCACUUUGAUGGUGAUGAGGAAUGGACCUUCCGUUCACCAGAUGACUUUGGCACGGACCUUUUUGCCGUGGCGGUGCAUGAGUUUGGCCACAGCCUCGGCCUUGUGCACUCUCCUUCCAAGCAUUCCAUCAUGCGCCCCUACUACCAAGGACCAGUGGGAGACCCACUGCAGUACCAGCUGCACAUGGUUGAUCGCACUGAGAUCCAGAAGCUUUAUGGGAGCCGAGUUCCUCAUUCCACAGAGAAGCCAGACGUAACCUCGCUGCUCCCAGACCUUCUCUCCUUGCCUCCUGAUUUCCCAGCCCUCAGAUCAGGGAAGGAAUUCCCCGAUCGCUGCACCUCCACCAUUGAUGCCAUUGCACAGAUCAGAGGAGAAACGUUCUUUUUCAAAGGUAGGUACUUCUGGCGUCAGAGCCAGGAGCGGCACCUCAUUUCUCUGCGCCCAGCCCUGAUCACUGGCUUCUGGCGGGGCCUCCCGUCCACUCUGAGCAAAGUCGACGCGGUGUAUGAGAGGCCUACAGAUCAUCGCAUCCUCUUCUUCAGUGGCCCGCUUUACUGGGUGUUUAAGGACAAUGGUGUGGAAGAGGGCUACCCUCGUCCCGUCACAGACUUUGGGCUACCGCAAGGGGGCAUUGAUGGUGCCUUCUUAUGGCCUUUGGGCCGGAAAACCUGCUUCUUCAAGGGAGGUCUCCACUGGUGCUACGAUGAAGCCAUGGAGCGCAUGGAAGAAGGCUUCCUUGUCAGCAGUGCACUCUGGGAACAGUUUCCCACCUCCGUCGAUGCCGUGCUGAGUGAGAACGAUGGAACGCUGUAUGCCUUCAAGGACAGGGAGUACUGGAAGUUUGACUCACACACCCUCAAGCCCCUGAUGGGCUACCCUCGCUCCAUAGCCAAGGACUGGCUGGAUUGCACAGGCGAACUGUUCCCUCCGAGGAACAAGCCCACGAGCCCUGCGUUGGAAGCCGAACUGCAGCCAGACCUGCGGGGCCCACAGCCAGAGGUCGAGCGCUGUGUGUGCUUUUGCUCUGCCUUCCAGGCAGUCUCUUCCAUCUUGCUCAACUGCCUACCUGCCGCUCUCCUGGCUCUCCACAGAUUUGCCUAGGAUGGGCAAAAGGAGGUCUUGCUCUGCAAGCAUCGUUUGUGGUGCACUGACUAAAGUUGCCACGUCUGUGGCAGGAAGAGGGGAAGAAUCAAAGAAGCAUCCCAGUGGAAUAGGAUUUGUUGGGCUUCUGGGAUGCAGACUGAAAUUGCAGGCCCUUGUGCACCAAGGAGCAGUGACGCAUCAACCACGAAGUGCCUCCACAAAACUGCUGACACUGGGCAUGGACUCACUCUUUGGGAAAAGAAACCUUGAGUCACUAUAAGCAACACAAACAGCCGCCUCUUUCUGCAGUUGCUCCAUCAGCGCAGCUGUGGAAUGAUUCAGAACUCCCGGCUGACUGACAAAGCGUCCUUGUAGCCUACAGUCCAUGGGGGCUGUUGUCGAAAGAACCGGGAGCUGAGGCGGAGGAGAAGAAUCCAGACAGGACGGAUGGAGCGGCAUCCAUCACAUUCCCGACAUCCAACAUUUUAUGGAUGCUUAUGGAGCUUUAAAGGCAGAUGCGUAUGUCUGAAAACGCCUGUGGUUACACCCACCUCCUCCUGCCUACCCACCCUGUCCAUAGCCAACCUUGUUUCUUAUGUAACUCUGCUUUUCCUACCCACCACCCUGUAGGGUUGUAGAAACCUAGGGAUCUGGAUUCACACAGCAGGUGGAUGGCUAAGGGAAACAAAUGCAGGCCUGAAAAGCCCUGAAAAGGAGCGUGUGACGCAACUUUCAAAACAAGAACUAGAACGGAUUUAACAAUGAAGGGGAUGAGGUAAGGAAGCAAAACAAGCGUUCAAAUGUAAACAUGAUUUAAAGUAAGCACCCAAACAUUAAAAGAGGAGAAAGUUGACCAGUAGUUAUAUAGUCUACCGAGGCAGGUUAUUUCUUAAAACUUGUGUCGGGCUGUAACCACAGGCCUCUGUUACUGGCAGCUGCUUGCAAAGCAUCUAACUACUAACUUGGGGAGAAGGUAGAAUGCUGCUCUUUCUUCAGCCUGUUCAGUCCCUCACUUUUGGUCACCCUCCAUCCCAGUUCACUAUUUCCUCAAACUUUUUUUCACAACCUGUCUUCUUCUCUUUCUCAGAGUUAAGUGUUCUAGUGUACCUUCUCAGAGACCACAGUAAAGCAACACAGUAAUCCGUGCUUGAGGGCUGAGUAGAAGUUCUCACUGAACUAUAGGUUGUUGUUGAGAUGUGGUUUAUUACAUGGUGAACAACCCAGGAAAAACCAUGGGUUGCUUAUGGUUAACAAGCUAGGGCUUGUCAGUGCAGUUGGAUUCAGACAACAUGAUAACCCAACAUUUGUUUCAGGAACAAUUCAUGAUUCAACAGCAAUCCACACUCAACCUUGACUGUUAUUGCAUUGUCUAAACCCAAUGAGAGUAAAAGAAAAGGGUUAAACACGAGAUAUUUCACCAGCUGGGUGGGAUGAUUGGGCACGUGUACCAAGGUCUGGUCUUCACAGGGGCACAAAAUGGGCCUCAAACAUUAUGGGCGUGUAUUGGCAGUUAUUAAAGUUAAUGUUAAAUGAUC